GGAUACUCUUCAUCAGCUGUUCAAGGGCAAAAUAAUACAGAGGGGGCUUUGGAGGAGAUAUCAGUAUUGUGGAUUUAGGCUACCUUUCUAAAACUCAAACUAUGGAUGCACCUUCACAAGCUCUCCACAUCAUGUCAUUGAUAUGUCAGCCGCUUGUCUAUUAAGAAGGCGGAGACAGGGUUGUAGCAGCAGAGUGUAGCAGGGUAUCUGGAGCGCCUGAAGACCACCAGCCUCAACAAGCGGAUUUAAAGGAGCAGCACAGGUUGAGUCGUAAGUCAUCAUGGCGGACUCCAGCUUCAACAACCUGACAUCUCUAGCCCGGGCGUUAUCGCAUCCGAAACUUGACCUGGUAGAAUCGAUAGAUGUCGGUCCUCCGCGGAACACGUUACUUCAUCCGACCCGAAGGAGGAAGUUAUCGAGCUGCAGUUCGGUGGAAAUCGUUGAACCGCUCAACUCUCCAACCGCUGCUGAGGCGCGAGUGCUGGUUAUCAACACCGGAGGAACCAUAGGGAUGACACUUCAUGAUAAUGUACUCGCCCCGAAAGCCAAUGCCUUUGUGAAGAGCCUGCGCAAGUUGCCCAUCCUUCAUGAUGAGUUGUACGCUCAGCAGACCUGCAUGUAUGAAUACUACGGAUCUGAGAACAGCCUGGUCCUCCCGCUCAGUAAAGACAAUAAGAGGAUAAUCUACAAUAUCUUAGAAUACAACCCUUUACUGGACUCCUCCAAUAUGACCACAGAUGACUGGGGGAGGAUUGGAAAGGACAUUGAGAAAAACUAUGAAAGCUACGAUGGCUUUGUGAUUCUUCAUGGCACAGACACUAUGGCUUACACAGCCUCUGCCCUGUCCUUCAUGUGCGAGCAUUUGGGUAAACCAAUCAUCCUCACCGGCUCACAGGUGCCGAUCUAUGAGAUGAGGAAUGACGGCAGAGACAACCUGCUGGGGGCGCUGCUGAUCGCCGGCCAGUUUGUCAUUCCUGAGGUGUGCCUGUAUUUCUACAAUAAACUCUACAGAGGAAAUCGUGUGACCAAAGUGGAUGCCGGGAGUUUCAAUGCAUUUUCAUCUCCAAACUUGGCUCCACUGGCCACUGCAGAAGUAGACAUAACAAUCAACUGGGAUACUGUUUGGAGAGCGAACACCACGGCGAAGUUUCAAGUCAGUACAGAGCUGAACAGGAACGUGGGCCUGCUCAGGCUUUUCCCAGGGAUCACUGCGGCUACUGUGAGGGCUUUCCUGCAGCCGCCCAUGCAGGGUGUAGUUCUGGAGACCUACGGGAGCGGGAAUGCCCCCGACAACCGUCCUGACCUGUUAGAGGAGCUGAAGAAGGCCACAGAUAGUGGUGUUAUCAUUAUGAACUGCACCCAGUGUCUGAGAGGAACUGUGUCGACAUCCUACAACACUGGAAAGGUGUUGAUAGACGCAGGGCUGAUAGCUGGUGGAGACAUGAUUUCUGAGGCUGCUCUCUCAAAACUGUCCUACGUAUUGGCCAAGACUGAACUGGACCUUGAUGCCAAGAAAAAGAUGAUGGGUCAGAACCUGCGAGGUGAGAUGAUUGCUGACUUAGCGGGAGCCAAGUUGAAUCUGAGCGACAGCCGCUUCAUCCAGGUCAUCGCCAAGAGUCUGAGCAUCAGCUGCAAAGAGGAGCUGGAAGCCAUCCGUGAUGCCCUGACCCCCCCGCUGGCAUGUGCUGCUGCUAAGAUUGGAGACAUAGAGGCAUUAGAAGCCCUGAAGGACAUGGGUAGUAACCUGUGCCUGGGUGACUACGAUGGACGCACCCCCCUUCAUAUUGCCGCCUCUGAGGGCCACCUCAAACUGGUGCAGUAUCUACUGAGUCACGGAGCUACGGUCUAUGCUAAAGACCGCUACGGGGACACACCCCUGUGCAACGCUGUACGCUUCAGGCACAAGGAGGUUGUGAAGCUGCUGAGAAAAACAGGAGCACAUUUCUCCAGAGACGAGCUGGAGGAAGCAGGAACAGAGCUGUGCAGUCUUGCAGCCUCUGGUGAUCUGGAGGGUCUGGAAAUCUGGAGCCUGGCCGGAGCAAACCUCAAUAAAGCCGGCUAUGAUGGACAGAGUGCCAUUCAAGUGGCUCGAGCUGUGGGCAAAAAGGAAGUGGUUACAUUUUUAGUUCAACUCAUGAGCAAUAAAUCCAAGACAGUAUUUGGUGAAUUCAAUGAAUGUGAUGAAUAUGAUGAUGAUGAUGAUGAGAAUGGAGAAGUGAUCGAGUUCACUGCUUCUACAGCGAGAGUCUGAGUCGUCGCUAACUUGAACAACAGGAUUCGUCGUCUGUUUCCUGUCGAGCUGUUCUCAGCACACCGUCCACACCAGCCUGUCCAACUCAGAGACUCCCUUUACCCUUCAAUGUCCGCACAAGUUGAAGAUCUGUCCCUCCAAACUUCUUAAGCACAACAUGGUUUUAGGUGGCUUUGGUGUUUUUAUUCUUUAUUUUUAUCAGAACACUGUGAUAUCUGAUCAGGGAAUGAAAGGUGAAUCCACCUGAGCUGUUCUGAAGCACACUGACUGCUGUUGCAUUACUUUAUAAAGUAAUGUAUUUUAAUAAAGCAGUAAAUGUAACUACAGGGCACAUCUACAGAUUUUAUUCUAACUGUUACUUGUUACUGUGAGACAAUGGACGAUGUCAUUGUAACUAAACGCAAACUGAAGAUGAGUCAGAGAGGUUUCACACGGCUGCAGUUGUCCACUUCAGUAAACCUCUGCCCCUUUCCCUCUCUGCUAAAACAGGUACAACAAAACCCUCAAGACUGAUCCAGCCUGUUUCUUUUGCUGAUUAUCAAGCUUGAAAAGUCACAUAUCUCCAUUUGAAAUGGGAAAGGGGAAAGCCAGACUUCAGUUUCUGCUCGUCUUUACUUUUAAACGUCUUCUUUUAUUCACUUUUCUUCCUUAUUUUUGUUGUGCGAUGAGUACAAAGUUUUGCCACUCAUUUGAUAUAAUUUUCAAACCACAUUAGGUCAGUUUUUUCACACUCUGAUGUCAUCACGUGUUAAGAAUCCUCUGUGUGACGUCAAAAUGCAAACAGAUUUGUAAUGACUUGAAUGUAUUUCCUGCUGUUUCUAAUGCUGUUAUUGUCUCGUUGUUUUGAACAUGUGAAAGGACUUUAUAUGGGUUGGAUAUGAUUCAUUGGUGGUCUGUUUCUCUUUCUCCUGUGUUAAUAAAAAGCAACAGAAAUAAAUCUUUGUGCUUCGA